UCGCGUUUAGUAUCAACAUAGGCAAACGAAGGUUCGAGACGUUACGGCUAAUACGAUUAUAGUAUAUAUAUAUUUCUUUUUUUUUCUGUCAUCGCAAAGAUUGAUUAGAGUCGAUUGAAUCUGUCGAGUUCCUUGCUCACGUGGCCGAGAGUUAAACCAUUCGAUUCGGAUAAUUGAACUCCAUAUAAUUUCCGAGGCCUUACCGGAAACAUUUACAGAGAGGGGAAUCGAUUAUCUCGUUUGAUUCAAAUACUAUCUCCGAGGAAAAGGAGAUAAAGAGUGGUGUGGAUCGACGUCAGCGAGUUUUUAUGAUGUCCUUUAAUAGACACGUGACGCAAUGCCGAAAGUGCAUUCCGUUAACCAGACAACUUACGGAUAGCGCAGCUGGUAAGGACGCCGGUGGAAAUGUAACAAGCAUCACGGACAGACUUCUGCGCUCUAUAAACAAUCUGAAGGAAACCAAAAUGUCCAUGCAGAAUCAGUGGAAGCUUCUGUCGCAAUUGAAGGACUAUCUGAACAAGGCCAAUUACGAUAAGAAUCAGCAGAUCAUUGUCACCAAGGAUUGGCUGGACAGUUUGCAGAAAUUAACAUACUCUCAACUCGAGACGAUACGGAAAUUGUCAUCGUCGGAGUCUGCUAAAUCCACUGAAGCAGAAAAGAGCUCAGAUACAAAGCAAAAAGAUGGCAAAAACGACACGCAGAAUCUAACAUUAAUGUCUGAACAUGCGGAAUCACUCGCCGAACCUGAUUCAGCAACCGUGCAACCAAAAGCACAACAGCAAAUUCAUGAACAAAGUACAUCCAACAGUAAGAUAGAAUCAAAAGAUGGCAUAACUAUGCCACAAAUUAUCUCUGCGCUGUUCCUCAAGUUAUCCCCCAAAGUUACGCAAAGUGCUGUCAUCAUACCAAAGUGGAAAGUGAACAUCCGCAGCAAUAUCCCGAAGCACAGUAUCGUCUCUCGUACGCGUCAUGUCUUGAACAGUAUCGUGUCGGCCGAGUCGAACGCUUCGAAACUACGCAGACUAGAGGAUUUGUUGUUGCAUGUCGAUCAGUAUCCAGAAGCAAGACAUUACGCCAUCAAAGAGGGAGCGAUUAGAGUCUUACUGCAGACUCGUCAACAGACGAAAGACGAACAAAUUAAAGCGACUUUGAGAGAAGCGCUAGCUGUAAUGGGUUACAUUGAUCCUCUACCCGGUCGGGGUAUCAGAAUUCUAUCGAUUGACGGCGGUGGCAUUCGUGGAGUACUGGUCAUAGAGAUGCUGAAGAAAUUGGAGGAACUUACGGGGAAGAAGACGUACGAAAUGUUCGAUUACAUAUGCGGUGUGAGCACAGGAGCCAUUCUUGCUGCUGUGUUAGUAUUGCCUAAGGAUGUUUUGGAAGGAGGACACAAAAGAAAGUCGUUGGAUGAAGUUUUGACAUUGUAUAAAGAACUGAGUACUAGGGUGUUUACGCAGAGUGCAAUAAAGGGUACGAGCAGUCUAGUAUGGAGUCACGCAUAUUACGAUACCGCGUUGUGGGAAAAAUUAUUAGCGGAGAAUUUGGGCGACAAAAUUCUUAUCAAAACUACGCGCGAUCCAAAUGCACCGAAGUUUGCAGCAAUAUCCGCCGUGGUAAAUCAUGAGCGCGUUAUGGCUUAUGUAUUUAGAAAUUAUACGUUACCGCACAGAGUGGAAAGCCAGUAUAUGGGAUCUCAUAAGCAUAAAUUGUGGGAAGCUGUGAGAGCGUCAGCUGCUGCUCCGAGUUAUUUUGAAGAAUUUAAAUACGGCAGUUAUCUUCAUCAGGAUGGUGGUAUUUUGGUAAAUAACCCGUGCGCUGUAGCGAUACACGAAGCUAAACAGCUGUGGCCAAACAAUCCGAUUCAAUGCGUUGUGUCAUUUGGAACAGGUCGAAUCCCACAUCAUAUCUCCGAAAAAGAAUCUUCACAGCUAGAAAUCUCAAGUUGGAAAGAGAAGUUUUACAAAAUUUUAGACAGCGCCACUGAUACAGAAGCUGUACACACGAUGCUCAAUGACUUGCUACCUGAUCACAUUUACUUUAGAUUUAAUCCUUAUUUAACGGAAAUGUUAUCGAUGGUUGAAAUCCGACCUGAGAAGAUUAGUCUAAUGGAACAAGAUGCAAGAAUGUACGUACGUCGAAAUGAAGAAAAAUUUCAAAAGGCUGCUACAGCUUUAUCAGAGAAACGACAGAUUCAACAGAAAGUUAUAGAUUGGAUUACGUUGCAAAGACAACUAUACGGUUUAUAAAGAGCGACUUCAAAUAUCUAUGUGUAUUUGCAGCACGAUCUGUGUUUGCAAUUUACAUGAAUGUAGUACAAAUUUUUUCACACGAUGUGGUUACCAUACAAUCUGAAACUUUUCAAAUAACACUUUCUCAGUAACGCUUUUUGAAUAGUACAGUAGAAAUAGUGCAAUAGAAAAUAGUGUAGUAGAUAUAUAUUUUAAAAAUUAAUCUUUUAACAUUUAAAGUUUAUUACAUUUUUUGUGUUUAUAUUAGUAUUUUAUAUUAGUGUGUUUUUGUAAUUUCUUAAACUUUUCGUUUGAAAUAGUUUUAGUUAUUAGAGAUGGUAAUGUCAGAAAAAUUUAUUUUAGGUUAAUGCGGGAUCAUUAUUAGUAUAGCAUUUGACUGUGAUAUACUUUAUAGUACGUGAACAGUAUUUAAAAGUAGUACGAUAUUCUGUAUUUUGUUGUCAUAUACAUUAUCCCGGCAAAAAUGUGUAAAAUAGUAUUCUUAAGCUGACAGAAGUAAAAGAAUAAAAUGUAUCAUUCUAUCAAAAUAGCACAUAGAUUUAUAAAUGUGUAUUGAGUGUUUUGUAUAUAUUUUUCUUCACUAUAAAAAUGUAUAUGCAUACGUGCAUUUUUUCAAUUAAAAAACAUCACA